ACACCUCUCCCUUCAACACAUUCUUACGUGUCCUCUUCUCUUCACUCCAAAGCUCCUUCUACUACAAAAAUUUGUAUUUCAAUCCAUUUAUAUAUAUGUUCUUUUAGACUUAUCUCUGAUACCCCCUUUGUGUUCUGUUACACUUUUCCCCUUAGUUCUGUUACCACUUUGCUCUUUAGUUAUAGAUCAUAUCAGUCAAUAUGGCGAAUGUGGACCGUGAUAGGCGUGGGCAUGUCGACCGUACUGACAAACGUGCUCAUCUUCAGCCGUCCUACGAAGAUGAUGUCGGUUACGGUGGUUAUGGCGGUUAUGGUGCUGGUUCUGAUUUUAAGAGUCGUGGCCCCUCCACUAACCAAAUCAUGGCCCUUAUAGCGGGAGUUCCCAUCGGUGGCACACUGCUAACCCUAGCUGGGCUCACUCUAGCCGGUUCGGUGAUCGGCUUGCUGGUCUCCAUUCCCCUCUUCCUUCUCUUUAGUCCGGUGCUCGUCCCAGCGGCUCUCACUGUCGGGCUCGCUGUGGCCGGAAUCUUGGCUUCUGGGUUGUUUGGGCUGACGGGUCUGAGCUCUGUCUCGUGGGUCUUAAACUAUCUCCGAGGGAGGAGUGAUACAGUGCCAGAGCAAUUGGACUAUGCUAAGCGACGUAUGGCUGAUGCGGUAGGCUAUGCUGGUAUGAAGGGAAAAGAGAUGGGCCAGUAUGUGCAAGAUAAGGCACAUGAGGCUCGUGAUACUGAACUCACUACUGAGACCCAUGAACCGGGUAAAGCAAGGAGGAACAUAACAUAAAAAUUGCGUGAGUCUUUUUGGAAGGCGAUAAUAUAAUUUUACCUUUUAUGUUAUAUGUCCCAGUUUCUUUCUUCUUUUUAGAAUAUAUAUCUUGUCAAUGUGUACGUUCGUUUUGUCUUGUCCUAAUAAAAACCCUUGUUAGUUAAAUAAUAAAUGAAAAUAAACAUGUUUUAAGUAUU